AAAGCAGGCGGAAGCACGAUAGUCGCGCGGCGGAGGCAGGGUCGUGUUCCGUAGCACGGCGGAAGGAGCUGCGAGCAGGAAAAGGCGUUAUUUGUCCAAAUUCAUUUAGAUGUACAACACCACUUUUGCACUCAAGCUCAACACGAAGUAGCCCUUGUUCCAACAAGUUCCAGCACACACGAAGUCCUACUUGCUUCCUCUUUCAGCACUUCUACGUUGCCGCUGUUCGAGCUUUGUUACUAGCCUUUUUUGCGCUCCUGUCGCAGACUAGUUUUUGUUUUGGGCUCGUUUCUGUGGAGAGGGUCGAGGUGACUCAUUUUGGACAGUUCCAGCAACUGGAGGAGAGGAAAAAGGCUCAAAUGUUCGCCAGGAGUAGAAGAAGUAACAGAACAAGAACUUCCGCAUCUACUUCUUUAGGAAAAAUGGCGUGGGAACGCGAGGACGACAGCGAUGUGCUCCCCGUGUCUCUUCUACUUAAUGGCGCCCUCUCGCUGCCCUCCAGUUGCAAGAAGAAGACGUGUGGCGAGGCUGAUGGCAAAGCGUGCUUCGGGGAAUUAGUGCCCUUACGUAUUGGGACCCGCUCGAAAAUCGAUUUAAUAGAAACACCGGAUAAUUCGUUCAUAGACAUGCCCAAGCAACUUACGGGUCCUCAUUGUCAAUAUUUUUCAAUAGACCCCCUAGGUAUACCUUUCCAACGCCGUGAUAUGUUUGUUGACUUCAUUUGCAUGAAGAAAAACCUGGUUCGUAGACAAUUCAUUGUGCACAAGAAGUGAUAAAAAUAUGUCAACAAAUAACAGAACAAGCCUUCUCUCAUUGCGCAGUCGGCAGGCUGGUUCCCAUAUCCUUUGACGGUUGGGCUUUGCGCUCAGAUCUGUGCUGAGACCUCCGGUUGCGCUGGAGUGGCUUUCCGAGAGAACAUCAUGGAUGAUCGCAACUGCGGAUUCUUGGCGUCUGCAGGCGCGAAUAGUGACGACAUUAAGGGUUUCCGAAUUACAUCCUGCACUACCAUCUCAGCUCCCUUCCUAAUAGAAAAGAAGCCUGAGGCGAUCUGAGUAGUGUGAUUCCGUGCCCUCUAAUGGUGACAGCGGUUUCGCGCCAGAGGAUGGCAUCCAAAUCAUAUACAUGACCGCAGGCGGCUGCCGCGGCCAGCUUCUGGAUCGGAAUAAAGACGUACAGACGUUUCCUGAUAACAAGUUACGAAACGCGAGAAAUUAUAAGGAAAGAGCGCGCGAGACAGAGAGCCUUGUCUGUCGUACAGUCACGGGCGUCUGAAGGGCGGCGUGGCACUUCUGGCCGCCCUCAUUUUCUAAAGCGAUUCAGGUUUUGCGCACCUCCUCCCACUCAUAGGCUCGGCUCCCUUUUGCUGUAAAGCAGAGGAGCCGAAGUUCGCCCGGGUUGGUCUGUGGUCGAAGUGCGCGGGGCCUGCUUUGCUUCGGCAUACUCAGAUCGUACUAGUAGUAACAACUCUUCUAGCAUUAUAAGUGCUUUGUGUCUGUAUCAGGAGGCGCUGUCUCGGCGGGCUCGUCACUCUUUCUGGAUCUUGAGCAUGUGAUAGACCAAAAUUGCGGCGCUGAGAGCCGAAAAUGGUACAUGUACAGUGUAUUUGUAAUCGCAGAUGAAGAAGCGCAGGGGAGUCUUGGUGCUCAAGACGACGUCCCAAAUACGGCUUGUGCCUGCUUACGAUCGUGUAUCCAAUCACCUGACUGCAUCACUUGGCAAUGGGAGAAGGAGAGUGACACGGGCAAGUGCAAGCUUGCGAAGCAAAAUUAUGGUGUUAAUAGAGACUCUUCCUCCUCCAAUCUUAGACAAAACUUGAUAGAUUCUCGAUCAGUUUUCUUGCGCUUCAAUAUAUGAAGGUACAAGACAAGGCCGAUAGGGCCUCAAGAUUGGUAUAUAGACCAAUCCCACGAAGCAUCCUGACAUGACCAUCUCAUCUUUAGCCAUGGGUGACUAUCUUAGACACGACCAUCCUGACACCCUUCAACUUUCGACGGCGACUGUCGUAGGUGCUGGACAUAAUUCACUAGAAAAUGUUCACAUUCUUUCAUAUCAGUCCCCAGGGAGAAAAAGUCGCCUUCGCAGCGGUCGACCCUCCUGGGAAAUUCCGAGCAGAUGCCCUUGACCCCGCUGUCUGCCACGAAGGUAAUAUGUGUGAAGGCCGAGCAUCGGGCGCUUCGUUGACAUUCGACUACAUGAUACACCUCUGCGAUUUGUCGCUCUCGGAUUAUCUCAUUGGCGAGAAUUCGGCCGAGCACCACAUCGGGUAUGUGCCAGGAAUAAUGUCUUCACCUUUAGUUGAGGGCUUACACCUUGCAUCCUGCAUUAACGUCCCGGACUCUUUUCCAAGAAGACAAGAGUCAGGGAUGUUCUGAAGCAUGCAAGAAUGUCGUAGCCUCUAAUUUAGAAUGCGGAAGGAUUUGCGCUCUCAUGGAGCCAGUCUGCGAGGGUUUCAUCGUGGGGCACAAGGACAAGACUGCAGAAAAACAAGAUCCAGUUCGCUACUGCUUCCUACUGCGUGAUCUGGGGGCUGAUCGGCGAGGACCGCGGCCGGCAGUCGGCGAGGGCCAGGCGUUUGCGCACAGAGAGGAUACGUCAAAGAACGCAGCAUUCUUCCGGCUCACAUUACGGAAAAAAACUAAUAAGAUGAUUUCAAUUUGUUCAUCAAUAGUCCUAUUUUUCGUAAACUAUCCCCAAGGGACCUGAUUGCAAGGAGGUUUUACUAGAACGAGAAAUAACACCUGUACUAUUUUUCGUUCUAGUAUAAAAUGAGGCUUACACACAUUAGAGUUAGACGAGCAUGCUCUUCAUCACCAUCUAGAUGCUGAGACGCAUCGCAAACUAUCCCCAAAACGCUUGAGCGCUUGACUGAGGAACCACGGGAACGGGAAGCUAAUUACACACGUGGCCACCUAUUGUUCCAUGAGUCAACUCUUUAACACGUCUGCGCCAUUAGAUUAAGUCCACUAGUGCUGCUACUACGACUACUACUACUGCCACUACUUUUACUAGGGUGAUAGAAUGACUCAAUAGCUAUUCUUGAUGAGUAAUAUUUGAUAGUAACUUUUUUUGGUUUUGGUGAGAAUCUUACUUGUGACCUUAGUUUGUCAGGUAAUAAGUAGACUGAGCCUAAUCGCAGCUACGACACGAGACGGAGAAAGAUGCGGAGACAAGUUUCGGGUUGCGUGGAUGUGUACGUGCGAGAAUGGGCAUGCGGCAGACAGCCCUAAGGCGAUCUGUUAUUCCAGUCGGGAAUGAGUGAAUGAAUGAAAGAAUACUGAUCCAAGAUAAUUUGAGUGUACAUCGUGAAGAUGCACGCGCGAUCAUAAUCAAGAGAGCAUCAUCAAGAGUGCAGCAUCAUAAUCAAGAUCCUUGCAAGGUACAUCAUGAUCAUAAGUAUUAUCCUGAUUGCAGCAGAACUACAACUACUUAAGUGCGUGAUUGAUUUCCUUCUUGUUUUUCCUCGGUACGGCCUCCGCUGAACUAAGUAGAUGGAGACCUAGUGCACUUGUUCUGAAGUUGGCAGAUUCCACGAGUACUCCUGAAUUGGAGCACCGUGCUACUAACUUGGAGUGUGCACUAUACUACAAAUAGCCGGUUAAUUUUCCCUCGUAGUUCUUACUUUCUCCCUUUGAGACUCCCUUCAAGACUACAGUACAAAAGUCUCUAUGAAAAAUUUAGCACAUACUAGUACAACCAUGUCGUGCAACUACGGGGACUUCUUCCCGACAUCUCAACGACUAAUUUCCGACAUCCAAACGACGUAUUUAGACUCACACCAAAAAGCCAAAGUAAAGCCUCAAUAUCAGGCGUUGUGGAUAGGUGUCUUUCUCGCAAGUGGUCGCUUCUAAUAGUGGGGACGAAUAUUGUAGCGUUCCUGGCGCGACGAAGUGCCGCGAAUGCUACUACGGAUAUUCGCUGAGUGAGGGGAAGUGCGAGCGCGACGCAGCAAUCGCUCUCGCCUUAGACUUAAGCCUAUCACAUGGAGUAAGAACUGAUUUAUUAGCCUUCCACAAAGAGUAAAAAUAAGUACUAUUUUAUGUAUAUUCGAAGAUCUAUAGCUUUACGUUCAAUAGUCCAACUCGAGGCGAGGGGAUAGAAGAACUUACUUCAGUUCGAGGGGUGGCUGCCUUACGAUCUAAGCUCGGACUGAGUUGCAUUCUCUUCGCUGCGCGACUGAGUCUGCACUGCGCGAGCGAGUCCGGCCCGCGCGAGCGCGUCCGCGCUGCGCGACCGGGCGGGUCAGUCUACUCCGCGCGAGUGAGUCGGCUCGCUCGGCGCGCGCAAUAAACUCUGCGCUGCGCUAGCGAGUGCGCGCCGCGCGAGCGCGCCGGCGCUGCGCGAGCAAGGAAGUCGGCGGCGCGCGAGCGAGGGGGCACACCCGUGCUGCACGAGCGAGCGAGCCUGCGCGCGCUGCGUGAAAGAGUGAGCCCCUCCGCGCGGCGUGGGCGAGUCUGCGUUGCGUGAACGAACGAACGAGCGAACACACAGCGCGCGCGCGAGUCUGCUCCUCUGCGCGAGCGAGUCGGCGCGGCGCGAGGGAGUGCCAUUCUGUGCUGCGCCAGCGCGUCUGCGCUGCGCGGGCGAUUCUGCGCUGCGCGGGCGAUUCUGCGCUGCGCGGGCGAUUCUGCGCUGCGCGAGCGAGUCUGCGCCGCGCGAGUGAAUCCGCGCUGCGCGAGCGGGUCCGCGCUGCGCGAUUCAGUCUGUGCCGCGCGAGCGAGUCCAUUCUUGGUUCUGCGCGAGAGUGAGUGUGAUUCUGCGUUGUGCGAGCGAGUCAGCCUGCGCGAGCGGAUGGGCGCUGCGUGGCGAGUGAGAGCGCGCUGCGCGAGCGGACUUGCGCUGCGCGGGGAAGUUGACCCUGCGCCGCGCGAGCGAAUCUGCGCUGCGUGUCGUGAGUGGAUCUGCGCUGCGCGAGCGAGUCUGCGCGAGCUGCGCCAACGGGUCUGCGCUGCGCGAGCGAAUCUGCGCUGCGCGAACGAGUCUGCGCGAGCUGCGCCAGCGAUUCUGUGUUGCGCGAGCGAGUCUGCGCGAGCUGCGCCAGCCAGCGAGUCUGCGCGGCGCGGGUAAGUCUGCGCUGCGCGAGUGAGUCUGCGCUGCGCGAGUGAGUCUGCGCCGCGCGGGCGCGUCUGCGUUGCUCGGUCGAGUCUGCGCUGCGUGAGCUAAAUAGCGCUACGCGGGCGGGCCUGCGCAGUUGUGUGGGGGAGUCUGCCUCUGCGCCGCGCAAGUGAGUCGGCGCAGCUGCGCAGGUGGGUCUGGGCUGCGCGAGCGAGUGUUGCGCGAGCGACUGCUGUCUGCCCGGGUGCGUCUGCGUUCGCGCGCGGCGUGCGGGUGGAGUCUGCGUUGCGUGCGGGUGGAGUCUGCGUUGCGUGCGGGUGGAGUCUGCGUUGCGUGCGAGUGGAGUCUGCGUGGCGCGAGCGAGUCUGCCUCUGCGCUGCGCGGGCGAGUCUGCCUCUGCACUGCGUGAGCGUGUCUUCCUCUGCGCUGCGCGGGCGAGUCUGCGCUGCGCGAGCGAGUCUGCGCUGCGCGAGCGGGUCUGCGCUGCGCGAGCGGGUCUGCGCUGCGCGAGCGGGUCUGCGCUGCGCGAGCGGGUCUGCGCUGCGCGAGCGAGUCUGCGCUGCGCGAGCGAGUCUGCGCUGCGCGAGCGAGUCUGCGCUGCGCGGGCGAGUCUGCGCUGCGCGAGCGAGUCUGCGCUGCGCGAGCGAGUCUGCGCUGCGCGGGCGGGUCUGCGCUGCGCUGCGCGAGCGGGUCUGCGCUGCGCGAGCGGGUCUGCGCUGCGCGAGCGGGUCUGCGCUGCGCGAGCGGGUCUGCGCUGCGCGGGUGGGUCUGCGCUGCGCGAGCAGUGACGUGGGCGGGUCUGCGAGUGGGUUUACGGCUGCGCUGCUUGUGUGAGUGAGUUUACGGCUGCGUUGCUUGUGUGAGUGAGUUUGCGCUGUGACGUGAGUAAGGGCUGACAGGACUACGAAAGCGCCGGCACUUAGUUAGUUUUUUUGAUAGAUAUAAUAUACCUCGUUAGGUCUGCUCCACCACAAAUAUACUGUCAAAGACAACUUCUCAGGGACAACUUGUUGCACAUGAUACAUAGAUCUACUUCUUUUCGACUCUCUCGCAUAUAUUUAAUAAACCCCUAUAGAAGUAGACGGAUUGACUCCUGGUUUUGACGCACGAUGAUGGGAUGAUUCUCCGGCACGUUGUGUGAAUGCUGAGAUGAUCCUCCGGAAGUAAAAGAAAUAUUGCAGUACUGCUCAUGCUAAAAUACAUGGCCACUAGAAUGCUUUCCCUAUUGAAUUUUUCGCAUCUUCUCCUUUUGACUUUUUCACUCUUCUUUUAGGUGAGGUUGGCUCCACAAAUAAUAAUGUAUUACUACUCAGCAUUGGGGUUACGAUCUUGGAAUCAUACUCGCAGCAUCCGCUAAGAUACAGCUUGGAUGAGGAUGUCGAAGUGGAUGAAGACGAGGUCAGGGUGACAUCGGUGAUCACACCGAAGGGAGACGAUGAGCAAGACGUGGCGCUUAUGGAAUAAUAGAGUACUUAGUCUUGCAGACUUCUAACUCUCAUUAGUCUACUUAGUAUUCUGUUGAUAAACCGUCUCAGUCAUCUAGAGCAGGUUGGACAGGCUCCAUCUAGAGUAGGUCUACAAAGGGUGGCUUGGCAGAAGGUUCAAAUCGUGUCUGUGGUUCAAAUCUGCUACUCUGCGGUGUCUGCGGCACAUGGUUCAAAAAAUCUACUACUCUAGCUUUUCAGACUGAGACAGUUUUUUCCCUCCAUAAUGCAGCUGGAUAUGACACAAGUGCUGAUCAUGGUCGGAGCCUGCACCGGCAUUUUCUUGCUAGCAGGCUGUGCAUACCUGGGAGCGCAGUAGUAGCGGACCUAGGUAUUACCUAGUAGCGGUGGAUCAUGAUGUUCAUCGUUGAUCCCGUAUUAUUGGAAGAAAGACAACUUCAUCCGCCUAGAAGACAAACAAACCUACUUUUUGAAGAAACAUACCAAGAAGCGCAACAUAAAGUGGAGGCGUGGUUGCGGAGACCUGCUAGACGUAUGCGUUUGACGGCAGCGGUACAAGUAUGUGAGUCCAUCUCACAACCCUGGACUCACCACCCUUCCCACUUCUGAUAGACUUCCAAGUCUUCGUAUUCUCUUAGAUUUCCAAGUUUUCUGUUGAUAGCCGAUAGGCUUACAGUGGUCUCACUCCUCAGGUGGACAUCAUGAAGAUGAAGCAAGGACAGACGAGAAGAAUCACCUAAGCAGUAGCGCUUCUACAACAUGGAAUCGUCCGUAUUAGUUUUAAGGAGUGUUGCACCAGGAACCUGAUUAUCUUUGAGGUAUUUACAUAUGAGUUUCAACAUCAAUCAUAUUUGCUAGAAUCUUACUAAAAUCACAACAAGGCUUAGACCAGGUGAAGGUCAGAAGAGCUACAGCUGCAUAGCGAAGUUUACAACAGUCUACCAGACUGAAGGUUGUGGGUGUUCGUGGCAUUUUGAGCCUUUCAUCUUGUACGUUUGUCAUAUUCGAUGAAAUAGGCUUUCAAAUCUGAACGGAGAUGAUGUUGGCAAGUCUUUCAAGUACUAUGAAUGGAGGUCCACCUAGG